GGGGGGUUUCGUUGGGGAAAAUGGUUGGUUGGUUUUCAUUCUCUCUCUUCUACUGUUCUUUUGUGGAGAGCAGAGUCCGAACCAGAAAAAAGGCACCCCCAUCUCUCUUCUUCCACUUCCACUCUCUCUCUCUAUCUCUCUCUCACACAUUUGAUCGGAGGCCAUCGACACUGAACGAGAAAUUUUCGAAAUAUUAACUCAUAUAUGGAUAUGUGAUUGCCGGAAAGAGAUUUUAGCCGGCGGUGAAUAACGGUGUUUCAGUGUGAUUGUAGUCGUACGGACUUUGUAGCUGAGUUCCGAUGUCACGAUCGACUGUAAGCGCCGAGAUGUACUUUGACAACUGAAAUUGUGAUCAAGGAAGAGAUGGAUCCAGGACCUUAUCCUGUACGUGAAGGAGAACCAGAUUGUUCUUAUUACAUCAGAACAGGCCUUUGUAGGUUUGGGGCAACAUGUCGUUUCAAUCAUCCUCCUAACAGGAAACUGGCUAUUGCAACAGCCAAAAUGAGAGGAGAAUAUCCAGAAAGAGCAGGACAACCUGAAUGCCAGUACUACUUGAAGACGGGUACCUGCAAAUUUGGAGCAACAUGCAAGUUUCAUCAUCCCCGAGACAAGGCUGGGAUUGCUGGAAGGGUUUCACUAAACGUUUUGGGUUAUCCACUUCGAACGAAUGAAGCUGAAUGUGCAUAUUAUCUGAGAACCGGACAGUGCAAAUUUGGAAGCACUUGUAAAUUCCAUCACCCACAACCAUCUAAUAUGAUGGUCUCAUAUCGUGGCUCUCCUGUGUAUCCUACAGUCCAAUCACCAACUAGUCCUGGUCAACAGUCAUACCCAGGAGGAAUAACAAACUGGUCUUUGUCUAGAGCUUCCUUUAUUAGUCCACGCUGGCAAGCCCCUUCGAAUUAUGCACCAGUGAUUCUACCACAGGGUGUGGUAUCUGUUCCAGGAUGGGGUGCAUACAGUGGUCCGCUUGGUUCCCUUUCAUCGUCAGAGAGCCAACAGCAGACAGCUGGAAACAGUCAAAUUUAUGGAACAUCACGCCAGAGUGAAGCAGCUAAUGAAGCAGUACAAGGAACUUAUUCUUCAUAUCGUACGGGCUAUUACGCAUUACCAAGUGAAAAUGUGUUCCCUGAGAGGCCUGGUCAGCCCGAAUGCCAAUUUUACAUGAAGACUGGUGACUGUAAGUUUGGUGCAGUUUGUAGAUUUCAUCACCCCAGAGAAAGGAUGAUUCCUGUGCCUGAUUGCGUCCUUAGUCCAAUGGGCCUUCCUUUACGUCCGGGAGAACCUUUGUGCAUUUUCUAUUCUCGUUAUGGUAUAUGCAAGUUUGGUCCAAGUUGCAAAUUUGACCACCCAAUGGGGGUUUUCGCUUACAAUUUCUCUGCAUCAACAUCAGCUGAUUCACCAGCUGUCCGCCGCUUGUUGGGUUCAUCUUCGGCAAAUGGUGCAUUAAACAUGUCUUCAGAAGGGCUUGUUGAGGGAGAUUCGGUUAACCCUAGGCAAAUCAGUCUGCCAGAUAGAAGACACAUUCCCACCAAUGACGAUAGUAUCGACACAGAGGGAUGAAGACCUCCCAAAUGACUAUUGGUUAUUUACUACAAAUCUUUUUGGAGGAUCAAAAAGUUGUAACUUCAUUUAUAUUGUUGGCCGGAGAUGUACAUAAUACAUGUUAAAGUCAACCUAUUCUGAAAAAUCAAUUCGACUGAAUUGCGUUGAUGCAUUGUACAACUCCACAUUUUUGUCACAUUCGGUUAAACCCAAUGUGAGCAGUUAAUCUAUUUCAAAAGCAUGCCUUUCUGGUUCAUGUAAAUUACCUUGUUUACCCAUCUUUAUGUUCAAAGCAUUUAUUUAUCCAA